CCUUAUGUCCGCGAGACAAGGCUGACUCGUGACGGCCCCAUCCUUUUGAGUGGCUAGGAACCGGUUCCAGUCCCCGCAAAUUAAGACUUACCUUGCAUCACUGCGAUAACUAUGCUCCGCGAACAGGUGACGAGAUGCACGAUGGGGAAAGUUUUGCGAUCAAGCCAAUUACCGCUCCGCCGCCUGCAAUCAUACGGGAUGUCACACAGGCUCCUCUCCGUUCCAGCACGUUUCGAAUCGAGGAUCGAAGGGUUAUGUCAUUACUCAGGGUGUGUGGUGCGCCGCGGCGGCCGCUCUCGAUGUUGGUGGCUACGGAAUAGCUUGACAACAGCCAGAUUGUCUCAAGAGCUGGGACAGGCAUGGCAUACAGUCAGACCUGCAUGCCAUGGAUCAAUAGGAAUCUUACGUUGGAUGGAUAGCGUGGACCGCUCCUCCAAUUGCAUCUACGUCUGCGUCACACGCGUGGAAGAAAUGGGCGCCCAAGCGGUUCCAUCCCGCGAGUGUACAAAAGUCGAUCGGACGCGUCAGGUUUGGCUAUCGCGACUUCUGCGCCCAUGGACCAGAAUCUCUUGGUAUAUUCACUGCCAUGACCAGGACAAAAAAGCAUAGUUGCUGUUCAUUCCCAAGCGAGUGUGCACUGCACAACGACAUCAUGGGGGUGUUCAUAGCUUCGCAUUGAAUCGCUCCAACAGGCUAUUAUCGCGGAGCAGCGGCAAGCCCACGGCAUCUCAUCGGCAAUCAUGCGUCCCUGUCACCAUGCCGUUGACGCGGCCGUUAAGCAGCCAUCCACGCGGUAUCCAUGUCGGCGACUGGUCACACAAUCGCGUGCUAAAUUUCCUUUGAAGGCUGCAAGCCGCGACAGUGGUAGUUGGGCUCGCUUGGCGUAACCUUUCAACUGGCGCUUUGUGGAGCCAAGAUGACGGUAGCUGUUCAUGCUGAACGAAUAGCAG